AUGUUAUGCAUUCCGGUUCUAGUAAGCUUAUAAAACAACUUCACAACAUUACUCGAAGUCAUUUAAAAAGUAGCCUCGCCCAGGAACCCUUGGGUUAUAUUUUUAAAGAUGAUCAAAUUGAUCGUCUUGUCCGCCAUUUUGGCCUUCGCUGCCGCCAAGGCCAAAUCCAAGCCGCAAGAACUCGUCUACAGCUAUGGUCAAGAGGGUGCCCCCGUUCCGUACUCCGUCCAACCGGCCGUAUACCCAGGUGCACCGAACGCCGGCCCGUACCCUGUUCAAUAUGCAGAUGGAAACGUGAACCAAGGCGUAGUAUACCAGCAACCUGGUUUUGGCUACCAGCAAACUGUAGGCGCGCCUGGAAAUGUGCAGCAACUGGCGUACACAGCCAACAACCAAGCUGCUUACUCAGCUGCUAACAACAACCAAGCUGGUUACGUAUUUGCCAACAACCAGGGAGCUGGCCAACAGGCCGGUAAUGGACAAGUUCAACAAGUGCUGGUGUAUGCUGCUCCUCAAGGAAACCCUCAAGGGCCAGUCCAAUACGUUCCGCAACAAGUACCGCAGAAUGUUCAAGCUCCGCAGUACCAAGUGGUCUAUGGAGGGCAACAAAAACAAGCAGCUUACGGCGGUGGACAACAACAAGUGGUUUAUGGAGCUCAGCAACCACAAAUAGCUUACGGAGGUCAGCAGCAGCAAAUCGUAUACGGUGGACAGCAACAACAAGCAGGCUAUGCUGGACAGCAAGUCGCUUACGGAGGACAGCAAGUUAAUUUCGCUCAAAACGCCGGAUCGCAACUUGUUCAGUCAGUCGCCCCUGCUCAAGUGAUCUACUCUAACCAAGUAGGUGUUCAAAAUACAGCCAGCGCUGCAUCAGCUUAUGCUACUGCUCCAGCUACCUUCAGCAACCAGGUAUCCACCCAGCAAGUGGCUAACACAGUUGAAAUUCAACCAUCUAAAGUGACGACCAUCCCUGCUCAAGGAUAUACCGUUUACCAACCAACCAGUAGUGCCGCAGUAAGCAGACCAGAAGUGACCGUUCAGAAAUUCCAGUCUGCUCCAGCUUUAAAUACUAGAUUUGCCCAAACUUACCAACAGGCCACUCCAGCAGUGGUUAACACAAAUCAGUACACCUAUUCCGCCCCAGUGACCAAAACAACACAGUAUGUUAACCAACAAGUAUCAAAACCUGCCCAAUUUACCCAAACUUACCAGAAAGUUACACCAGCUGUGGUUAACACUAACCAAUACCAAUAUUCUGCCGCUCCUGUGACUAAAACCACCCAGUACGUCAAUCAAAAUGUUCAGUCAAACCCCACCCCCUUCAAGUCUCACAAGUGGUCUUUCUCAACGGUUGCUCCCGCGACAAAGCAAGUAUCUUACACUACUCCUGCCCCUUUUAAAGUUCAGUCGAACCCUAGUCUUGUGUCAAGGAUUGCUCCUUCUGUACCUUCAUUUGUCGCUAAUAACCAAGCUGUGAACGUUGGCUCAGCCGGUAUUCGCCAAUAUUCUGUAUCGACGCCAGCGCCCUUAUUCACUACCACUACCCCUGCCCCCUACAAGGCUAAAGUCGCUGCUCCAUUAACUGUCAUCUCUCCUACUUUCCCCACAUACACUGCAAACAGUCAAGUAUCAACUAUCAAUACAAACAAGUUUGCCUACACAACUCCCGUAGUCAAGACUGUCCAAACAUACACUCAGCAGCAAGCAAAACCUGCCGGAAUCAAAUGGUCUUAUGAAGCGCCCCAAGUAGCGUCCAGGAUUGCCGCCCCAGUGACCGCCACAGUCGCUACCCCGGCAGCUGUCCCAGUUGUGACCUAUCAAGCUGAACAGCAAGUAUCAGGAAACCAGGUGGCUGCUAUCACGCAAGUUGAAAACGCUAACUUGAGCAACCAAGUGGCAUAUACGCAGGUUGCGAGCCCUUUAAGCAGUCAGGUGACAUAUUCUCAGGAGGCUGGCACUGCCCAAGGUAAUCCUGCCGUGGCAUUUUACUACGCUGAUGGACCAGCUCCAGUGACCUACGCACAAGGCACGGGUGAGGUGGCGUACUCGGCUUAUCCAAGAACUGGUUAUUCUACAUUGUACACCGCCGGUGAAGGUGUUAAGCCUCUGCAUGGCAGCACUGGUUGUAACUGCGGUAAACAUGUUAAGAAAUAGAAGUAUUGUAGUCCUAGUCUCAUAGUAAGAUAGAACGAUAACACGAGUGAAUAGUUACUUACCACAUGCAUUUCUUGUCGAAAAAAAUCCUUGUUUGUAUAUAAAAUGUGUACAAAAUAGUCACUAAAUGUAAAUAGCAUUAUUUGAACAAUUUAUAAAUAAAAAAUAUGAAACUUU